CAAAGAACAAGCAAUCUGCUAUUUUGACGUAGUUGGGGUUUGAGAUAUUCUUGAUACUUGAUUUAUCACUCGCUCGGCGCAGCACGACCCUUUUCACGCAAUCCGGCUGGGAAUUUACGACACCCGCCGAGAGAUUACUCCGGAGAACCAAAUCUCUCCACCCACUCGUCCGUCUGUCUGUUUCCCGUCGCCAGUAUGGAGCUUUCCCGCAUUAUCCUCGCCAUCGCCGUCUACCUUGUCCUCCGCUUCAUCCGUACUCGCUUCUUCGGUAACAACACCGGAUCCACCAUGUCUCACGGAAAGGUUAUUGAGGUUGAUAACCCUGUUAUCUUCAAGGCGCUUACCUCCAACGGUCCCGUGGUCGUCGACUUCUUCGCAACCUGGUGCGGUCCGUGCAAGGCCGUCGCGCCAGUGGUCGGCAAGCUCAGCGAAACCUACACCAAUGUGCGCUUCAUUCAGGUCGACGUUGAUAAGGUCCGUUCGGUGGCGCAGGAACUGGAGGUGCGCGCUAUGCCCACCUUCGUCCUGUACAAGGAUGGCCAGCUGCAGGAGAAGCGCGUUGUGGGUGGAAACAUGAAGGAGCUGGAGGCAGCCAUCAAGGAAAUUACUGCAUAAGAGGGUAAUAAUAAAGGAAGAUAGCCGAGCCCGCAGAAAUGGAAAGAGAAGUAAAUAACAAGCCCAAGUCCAUGUGAUGAUGGUGGACUCGAUGAUGUAUCCUUGUCUGUUCAGCACUAGCAUGGUCACUAUAGCGGGAGGACAGCUGCGGACUAUCUAGCCGUACGCAAAGCCUCCAAUCAUCCCAUAUUUGCAUCUAUCAUUUGUCUCUUUGUUAUUGAGGCUACUAGGGGCCGGAGCCACCGGCUGGUAGCUGAAAUGAAGGCGGAAUUUCUUCGACGUGAGAUUGAUGCGGGACGUGAAGCGGGAUAUGCCUGCGGGGCACGACACUGUUCCGUCGGCGGGACGACAGUUUUGAGAGGCUACGGAGGGCUACGAGAGGCUACGAGGGACGACAUGCAGCGGUAUUGAAUGCAGGAGGAACACAUGUAGUACUCAGAUUAUUUAACUAUAGCGGUGGGAUUGACGGCCAAGGCAGCCACGCGACGCUGCUAUGUGAAUGGUUAAUGAUCUAGGCACCGCAACGGAGUAAGGAACAAAACAGACAAGCAAUCAGGUGCGACCCUGUAUCUAAAUGUCUAUUGUUCAGUGUUGUAUAUCUAGCUGCGGCGAUAACUUCUUCAUGUGUUUACGGCGAUUGAAAUUUAG